CUUAUUUGAUAAGCACUGCAUUUCAUGGUGAAGAAAAUUGAUAGGCUGUCGCCUAUGCUUCCGUGGGAAGAUAUAUCUCAUCCGUUCUUUGAAAGAGAUACGCUCAUCUUCACCCUCUUCUACGUCAAUCCUGUGAUGUCUCUGGACAACCAACAGCAGCAGCUUGAACAGAUCUAUGACAAACUCCAGGCAGAGCUUAGCCCUUGGAUAUCGCAUUUUGCAUGGUCAUGCAAUCCAUUGAGACUCAGUCUAGCGCAGCACAACGGCCAGGCUUACGUCUACGGGGAGUUGGUGUAUGGAGACACACUUGACGACGAGUGGUUGGUGUGCCACUUGCUCACGGAGUUUCUGAGGACGGAGCCAGACGUAUUCGUCCAUUUUUUCGACUCUGAGGGCGAAUUUCUCCUCGUGGAAGCGGCAGAGGGGCUCCCCGAGUGGCUAGAACCGGAAACCGCAAUGAACAGAGUCUGGGUAAACCAGGGGCGAAUCACCGUUAUUCCAGAUACCUUCUACCCAGACAGAGGGUUGAGGUUGGCCGAGGCAUUGACUUUUGUCACUAGGGCAACUUUUCGGCUACAGCACAUUCCCGAAAUCCACGAUAUUGUCGCGGCGAAACUUGCACAAUAUCCAAGAAAGUCGCUAGGGUCUGUGUACUCCCUCGCCUGCAACAUCGACCCAAAGGUGGCACAGUUCUUGGCCAAAUACCCCCACCUUGUAUCUCUUGCGACCACCGAGUUUUUCAAAAACAAUCUUACCCCAAAACGCUACGCGGGAAAUGUUUCAAAGGUGUCGUUGCAGUUUCCGUUCUUGGCCUACAGUCUUGUCAAGCGCGACCUGUCAGACUCGUCCACGGAGGAACGAAUUCCACCGAUUUUGUACGCAGGUUUAGAUGAAGUUCUUUCGCAAGAUGAAUCGCUUCUCGCUGAGUUCCAGGGUACGGAACUUGCUGGAGUGGCGACUCAGGACCUUCAGGAUAUCCUACUAUACAGAAAUGUGAUUACUGAAAGAAUCCCCGAGAACCACGAUACCGCUGUUCCUGAAAAUCCCACCUCCACAAACGAAGAGGAAGACUUGAUGGCGCGGUUUGAGACGUUUUUCCGUGACACAAGCGCUCAGGGGGCUGCCUUUGGCCUAUCCAAGUCUGACAAGUCAGAUCUAGAGAGCGAUGGAGAGGAUGAAGACGUGGACCAGGAGGCAGCGGCGUUCUUCAAGAGUGAAGACAUUGACAUCGACGAGGACGACUUUUUCGAGUAUUUCUGCCAAGAAGCAUUGGGGUUGAAGCAGGAGGAAAUUGCGGCAUAUAUGACGGAAAUGAAGGGCUCACAAAAACGUAAGAUAGAUGAUGAGCAUCUGACAAACAACCAAGAAAACAGUCAACCACAUUGUCAGCCCCGGAGAGAAUAUAAUAAUGAAAGCGAUUACGCUUCUAGCGAAGAGGACUAUGAAGUUUAUGAUGCUGAUUUAGGCUCAGAGACAGGUGAGAAUGACAUGCUUUCGUCCUUGGCGAAUCUAGUCAAAUCCAUCAAGGCAGAUGGGGGUAUAUCCGGUCCGGGUGCCACUAUGUUCCAAGGAAUAGGUGUUCCUCUUCCCCGUGAUGUUGAGGACUUGGAUUGAGGCCACGGCUUGUACAAGGAAAUUGGCCUAGGUUUCCAUGUCGCUUUAGGCUAACCCUGCUUUAGACCCAUAAAGAUGAAUGCUUAACCAAUGGUAUGAAAAACUAAUUUUCAACAUACCGCUUAUGAUUUAUAUUGCACUCUGUAUGGGCUAACCUCACUUGCAUAGCGAUUAGCGUACGAUUACUCUCCACGAUAUCGAUAAAUUAUUUUGAAACACCCAUUAAGGUCUACAAACCAAUGUUCUUUUACUAUCAUGUCGG